AUGAUCAAUUACAACACAUACAUAAUAGUGUGGUUAGGGGUGAGCCAUACGUACGGAUACGGGAGUAAUGGGUGUCAAGAUAUCGAUGAUCUCCUGUCAGACGUAUACCGUUUGGGUGACACUCAGCGCCUGUGGCCCGAAGAGGACGAGGAGUUUCAACAGUACUGUCUAAAUUCCAUUGAGAACAGCGACAAAGUGAUCACAUACUUUGACACCGUAUACCCCCAUAAUCUACACAUACAGAUCAUCGUACGGCUAAUGGGCAGUGAACGGACCCGGCUGUUAAUGAAUCAGUGCAAAAAUCGCACCCAACGCGCUAAGGCUAUCAAAGUGUUUAAGGGCAUGAACACGGUCGUUGAACCAAUGGAGCGUGUUAAAAACGAAUACGUUAACAAGCUACUUUCAGCGAGUGAGCCAGAAAGUAAAGCGGGUUUCAAGGAGUUGCUAGUAUGGACAGAUCAGUACGAAAAGGAAUCAAUAAAAUUGCAGCCAAAUAAAAUGACCCAGGCGGUAUUGGCUGAAAUCCUAGCCGUUCACAAACGUCUAGUUAACUUUUAUCUGGCGAACGUACGCAUAACCAAACGAGAACGACCCGACACUAACCCGUGCCCACGCGAGUGGCGACCCUUUUCCAUACCAUACGCCCAAACGGCGGCAUUUAAUCGCGUUUUCUCCGCCACUAAACAUCACUAGUUUGUUAUGUUUUGAUAUGAUUUUGCAUUUUUAAUCUAUUUUUGUUGUUUAGGAAAUGUGUG